AUGUCAAUGCCACUGAGUCACCAGUCAUUAUACCCAUCAAGAACUUCCUUGCUAUUGCCCAAACCAUGCAAUUGUGGCAAUAGCCAUGUAACUUUUCCUGUCCGUUCCAGGUCUUCAUUCACUAAAACAAACAGAAAUGGAUGGGUUGGCUGUAAACCUAGCAACAUUAAGGCCAUACCAACUGAAACCUCAGUGCUGGCUACUAAUGUAAAGGCUACUGUGACUGUACUGGAUCAAAGGGUUGAUGGUGCAGACAUUUUACCUGAAACACUUAGCUUGGAGCUCGUUUUUUCCAAGCUUGAUCCCAAAACGAACGAAGAGCGGUCCUUCAAGGCACAGCUGGAACGAAAAGUGAAUGGUGUCCUGUAUGAAGCAGACAUUGAUGAGGUUUCGCUUGGUUAUGGAGAAGUGGGUGCAGUUUAUGUUACCAACGACGACGAUAACAAGAUUUUUGUCAAGAAAAUUGCCCUUGAAGGCCAGUUUAUACUGACUUGCAAGUCAUGGGUUGAAAAUAAGCAGAAAAGGCUCUUCUUCACCAAUAAGUCAACAUACUUGCCCUCGCAGACACCAAGUGGAUUGAGAAGGCUAAGAAAAGAAGAGCUUGUAAGUUUGCGAGGCGAUGGCAAAGGAGAGCGCAAGCAAGGUGACAGGAUAUAUGACUACGACGUGUACAAUGAUCUGGAUGUUCCGAACACUAGCCCUGAUUCGAUACCGAGACCGGUUCUAGGCGGAAAGGAACACCCUUAUCCUAGGCGUUGCCGAACAGGGCGGCUACCAACCCAGAAAGGGAUAGCAGCGGUAAAAGCUGGGUUAAGUACUAUUGAGGAUGGAUUCGGAAACUUCGCAGCCAUAGAUGUACUCUUCAAUGAAGGAAUCAAAUUCAAAGAAAAGAAAUCAGGCUUCAUUAUUGACUCUGUGAAGGACUUCCUGAAGGAGCUUUUUGGUCGAGCUAGAAACAAGUUGCUACGGUUUCCGAUUCCUGAAGUAAUGAGGAGAGACAGAUUUUCUUGGUUUAGGGACGAGGAAUUUGCUCGGCAGACUCUUGCUGGUGUAAAUCCAUCCUGUAUACAAUUGGUCACGGAAUGGCCACUGAGAAGUAAACUUGAUCCUAACAUCUACGGUCGGCAGGAGUCAGCAAUAACAGCAAAUAUAAUUAAGGAAGAUAUCAAAGGUUUUGAGACAGUUGAGGAGGCUAUAGAACGAAAGAAGCUGUUCAUCCUUGAUUACCAUGAUUUACUUUUACCAUUUGUGAGACAAGUAAGAGAGCUUGGAAACAGAACUUUACAUGGUUCGCGGACAUUGUUCUUCCUAACCCCACAAGGGACGUUGAAGCCGCUUGCCAUUGAGCUCACUCGUCCACCGAUGGAUGGAAAGCCACAGUGGAAGCAAGUGUUUACACCAACCGGGAAUGCCACAGGUGUCUGGCUUUGGAAGCUUGCUAAAGCUAACGUCCUUGCACAUGAUUCUGCCUAUCACCAACUUAUUACUCACUGGCUAAGAACUCAUUGUGCCACAGAGCCAUACAUAAUUGCAGCAAAUCGCCAACUCAGCGCCAUGCAUCCAAUAUAUAGACUCCUGCAUCCUCACUUUCGAUACACAAUGAAGAUCAAUGCUGAAGCUAGAAAUUUUCUCAUCAAUGCUGACGGAAUAAUUGAGACGACAUUCGCACUUGGCAAGUAUUCUAUGGAGCUAAGCUCUGUUAUCUACGAUAAGCAUUGGAGGUUUGACCAUGAGGGACUGCCCAAGGAUUUAAUUAUCAGGUAG